AAAGCGAGGGUGCCGAUAUUUAGAGUGUGUCGAUCUUAUUUCUUAUCUUCAAAAUUGGAAUUUUUGACAUUGAAGAGGAUCGUUGGGCAAUAUUUCGAAUAGAGAUUCAAGGGCGAUGCGAACACGGUUGGCUCAAGGGCGAACGAACCGAGGUGGGGGAGUUGAAAACCAAAGUCGCCUAUUGACUUAAUUGACCCAUUGACUGUCAUGUCGCCGGUGCUUGCUUCUCUCCUGGCCGUGGCGGCAUCCCUUCUCGCCUAUGCCGUCUACAGGAUGAAGAAGAUCUACAGAACGUGGAAGGAUCGAGAAGUGAAAUACGAAGAACCAUGGCUUUUUUUCGGAAACUCGUUGAGAACCAUUCUAAAGCAGACGUCCCAGGGCGAGAGGUUUAAGGAAAUCUGCGACAAGUUCCCAGACGAUAAGAUAAUCGGCAUGUACGACUUCCUGCAGCCGAUUCUGGUGGUCAAAGACGCCGAAGUGGCAGAAGCAGUGUUGGUGAAGGACUUUCCCCAUUUCCUCGAUCGCGGUAUGGAAGUGGACGAAAACACCAACCCUCUGGAUGUCAACCUCUUCUCCAUGACUGGAAAAAGGUGGAGAGCUUACAGGAACAGGUUGUCACCGAUUUUCACCACAGGGAAGCUGAAGACGAUGUACGGACUGAUGACUGAGAUCGGCGAGAACUUGGUUAAUGCGAUUGAAAAGGAGUCGACGGAUUGCGUCGAUUUGAAAGACGUGUUCGGCCGUUUUUCGAUGGACGUCAUAGGCAAUUUCGCGUUCGGUUUCGACCCUGGCACCCUGGCGGACCCUAAAUCCGAGUUCAGAACGAUGGGAAAGAAGUUCUUCGAAUUCACCGCUUUCCAAAUCCUCAAAGUCGUCAUCAUCUUCAAUUUCCCUAACUUAGCGAAAAAGUUGGGCCUCUCCUUCAACAAGAAGGUGCAGGAUUAUUUCGUCAACAUCAUCAAGGACACGAUUGACUACAGGGUGGAAAAGAAUUUCCGGAGGAACGAUUUCCUUGACCUCAUGCUUCAACUCAGAGAGAAAGGUUCCGUGGAAAUAACAACAAAAGACCCCAGUGAUGAUUACCUCGAAAUCGGGAAUAACACUUACACGACAGAAAAAUUCGAAGUGACAGAUAACCUGAUGGUUGGGCAGGCUUUCAUCUUUCUGACAGCCGGCUUUGAGACGACAGCUGCAAUCAUGGACCUCGUCUGUUACGAGUUUUCCAAGAAUCCCGAGAUACAGGAACGAGCGAGAAAUGAGGUCAUAGAAAGAGUGCGCCAUCAUGGAAAACUCAGCUUCGACUCCGUCAAGGACAUGACUUACCUGGACAUGUGCCUGAAGGAGACGAUGAGGAAGUACCCACCAGUGCCCGGGGUCAUGAGGAUUUGUGCGAAAGAAUAUACUUUCGACAAUGGAUUGACCGUCCACCCGGGUGACAGACUGUUGAUCGCCUUGUAUUCAAUCCACAUGGACCCGACCUACUUCCCUGAACCAUCAAAGUUUGACCCUGAACGCUUCGGACCUGAUGUCUUCCAGAAGCCCUGCGCCUUUUUGCCAUUCGGUGAAGGGCCGAGGAUGUGCAUCGCUAUGAGGUUUGCCUUACAAGAGAUGAAGUUCUGCUUGGCAAAGAUGCUGAUAUCGUACAGCCUCAAGCUGAACCGAAAGACUAAAGAACCAUUGGUAUUUAACAAAAAGACCUUCUUCACCACUCCUCAAGACCCAGUUUACUAUGACCUGGAAAAGGUCGCCUUAUGAUGAUUUGAAAUAAAGUGUUUUAAUUUGA